UUGUUAUUUAUCUCAUUGCAAGUGGAGGUUUCAAUUUAAUCCCACUGGAAAUUUUAGGAAAAAAAGAACAUUUGUUUGUUUUAUUGCCAUAGAAUUUAUUUAUUUUUGUUGAAGCUUUACCCGAAACAUCAUGACAUCGGAUUGGGAUGAAGUUAAACGUUUGGCAGCAGAUUUUCAAAAAGCUCAGCUAACAUCCACACUUCAGAAAUUAUCCGAACAUAAUUGCGUAGAAAUUGUUACUCUUCUGUUGGAGAAAAAGUUGUUGGAAGUUAUUUUUACCAAUGAUGGUAAAGAGUACAUAACACCGGAUCAUUUGGAGAAGGAAGUGCAGGAUGAGUUGUAUGUUAAUGGGGGUAGAGUUAAUCUGGUGGAAGUCAGCAAGAACUUAAAUGUGGAUUUGACUAGGAUCGAAGAUGUUGCCAAGAAAAUUGCUGCGGAAACCCCCAGUAUCCAUUUUAUAUUGGGCCAAUUGAUUGAUGAGGAUUACAUUACCUAUAUAGCCCAGGAAAUCAAUGAAAAGCUCAGCCAAAGAGGAGAGAUCUCAGUCAACGAUUUAACCGAACAGUUUGAUCUUCCUUCGGACUUUUUACAAAAAGAUGUUUUAGAAAAACAUUUGGGUAAAAUUAUCAAGGGCCGCCAAGAUCCCUCAAAUCCCAGGGUCUUCUUUACCCAGGCCUAUCUACAGAGAUGUAAGGCAAAAAUACGUGGUGCCUUGGCAGCCAUCACCAGGCCCACCAAUGUUUCGGUGAUCUUGCAACAAACCAAUAUACAACAGAAGAUAUUCCAUACGCUGGUGGAUGAAAUAAGUCCAGCCGGCCAGGUCACCUCUAAGCUGGCCAACGCACAGUAUAUACCGCAUAUUUAUGCCAAAAUGCAAUCGGAUUGGGUUAAUAACUUCUAUCGACAGAAUGGCUUUCUGGAAUAUGAUGCCAUACAAAAACUGGGCAUUACCAAUGCCAAACAGUUUAUCAACAAACAAUUUCCCGAUGAAGAGUUGAUGUAUCUGAAACGUUGUGCUGUAAGUUCAAAACUGAUUGAAUUGACGGUGUUGCCUGCUUUGUCAGCUGCCAAGCAAUUUAUAGACUUGUCCUCACUGUUGCCCUCGAAUAUGUCGUCCUCGGACCGGGAAGAACUGUUUGAGGCCAUUAUGAGCCAACACAGUUCAGUGUUGGCUAACUUUGUACUGAUUGGUUCUAAUUCGGGGUCUUCUGUGGUCUUUACUCCACAAUAUUUGGAGGAACUUACCCAACCUUGCCGUGAAUUGGCUUGUGCCAAAGCAAAGAGUUCUGUAGACAGUGGAAGUUAUCAGCAAUAUAUAGCCACCAAGCAAAUAUCUAGUAAAUCAGGUCAACGAAGAGGAGACGAUGAUGAUGACGAUAAGCUGGAUAAACGUGAUGAACGACGCAAGAAAGCCGCCUCCGGCAAAGCAGGUGGGGGAGCUCAAGGGCGGGAGACAAAAACCAAAUCCACAAAGAAGCAUCCUCGUGGAGGCAAAAAGGGAGGAAAGAAUGAAUUUGAUAGUGAUGACGAGGAUAUGGGAACAACUGCAAAUAGCAGCAGUUCUAAGAAACAGUACGAACUGAUAACCAUAGCAGAUCUGGUAAAGGUUUUGGAUAAGGAAACCUCUGCCUUGGGUAUAGAUGAAUUGAAUGAAGACAUUGCGGGCAUGUAUCACGAGCAACUUAAUCAAUUGGCUUUGGCCAAAGCUCAAGAGUUGUAUGAAAUCACCCUGCAGAAAAGUGCCGCCGGCAGUGGACAAUCUCAUGCCGCUGUACAAGAGAAAAUCAAUACUUUAUUGGUGGAUUUGAGAUUAUACGAAAAGGGACUAAAGCUCUUCCCAGCCAAUGCUCAACAAGACUUGAUGAAAUAUCUACUCAAAUCCUUGGGCAAUGAUAUUAGCAAUGAACUAAUACUCUAUGUGGCAAAUGAAUGCCAAAUUGAGGUGAAGAAUCCCAAUUUGAAUGUUGAUCAACGCAACAAAUUGGCUCAAGAAUGUGGUGGAGAUUACAAACCCGUUCUCUUGGAACUCAAUAAGGCUUUGAACAAAACCAUAGACGAAUUUGUUUUGGCCACCGAAAAUGCCCUCAAAAUAUGCAGCAUGAUUGUUAAGAAAGUCGACAAGAAAAAGGAUCGCCAAUUAAUAAUACAACAUCGCGAAAAAUUGCUAGAACAAUUGCAACAAUGCUCAGAGCCGGCCUUAAUACUGCAUUUAACCACAUUGGUCUUGUUCACCACCAUUACAGGAUACAUUUUACAUGCUAGCGGUAAAUUUGUCUCACAAAUUCUGGCAUUUAUCAAUUCCUCAAUGACUGAUGAGCAUAAUAAGCUUUUGACGAAAUAUCAUGAUUUGGUUAUAAGCGUCCUACGUUUAGCUAACGACUCUGCUGAAUACACUACGGCUACCGCUGAAUUGACAGAUUUGGAACCUAAAAUCAAACAACUGGCUUCUUCGUUCGAGAAACCAGGUGUUUCGAAAUCCGAAUAACUUCUCUGGAAUUCCAUUUAAAUGUUUUGGUUUUUUUUUUAUUGAUGUACAUAAUAUCAUUGUAACACUAGAGUUGUUAUUUUGCUUCAUAAUUUCGUCAUACUGUUUAAAAUUUAUUCAUAUUUUUAUUAAAUUAAAGCAAAUAAAGGUUCAUAGCAUGAAACAAAGAGAGAAUG